GAGCUGGGGGAGAGAGCUCAUGGUGGGAAGAAGUCCCACAAGUGCUUGGAAUGUGGGAAGGGCUUCAAAAAGAGCUCCCACCUGAUCCAGCACCAGAGGAUCCACACUGGGGAAAAGCCCUAUGAGUGUGGGAAAUGUGGGAAGAGUUUCAGAGACAUCUCCAGCCUCAUGCGGCACCAAGUGAUUCACACUGGGGAAAAGCCCUACGAGUGUGGGGAAUGUGGGAAGAGCUUCAAUGACCGCUCCAGCCUUAGGAAGCAUCAGAGGAUCCACACAGGGGAACGGCCCUACACCUGCUUGGAAUGUGGGAAGAGCUUUGGGUGGAGCGCCGCCCUGAGGACACACCAGCUCUUCCACACUGGGGAGAGGCCCUACGAGUGUCCCCAGUGUGGGAAGAGGUUUCGGACCAGCUCCCAUGUCCUCCUACAUGAGCGGAUUCACACAGAUGAGAGGCCCUUCCGCUGCCCCGACUGCGGGAAGGGCUUCAACCGCAACUCCCACCUCACUCUCCACCGGCGCAUCCACACUGGGGAGAGGCCCUACGAGUGUCCCCAGUGUGGGAAGAGCUUCUCCAGGAGCUCUAACUUGACCCAACACCAACGGAGGCACCAGUAAGGGAAGGCCUGCAAGUGCCCCGAGUGCGGGAAGAGCUUCGUGCGCUGCUCCAGCUCCAUCCCCCAUGGGAUGAUUGGCGUUGGAUGAUCCCCAGUGACCCCCGUUGGGCAGAGCCCUGGUGAUCGGUGUUGGGAAGACACCUGGCUGGGAGGCUCCACAUCUUCCUGGCUCCCUGUGGGCACCUGGGUGAACACUGAGGCAGGAACAUCCACUGGGACACAGACCAACAAUGGGAAUUCCUUGAGGAGAUUGGAUUUGUUGAAUUUUAAUUCUAGAGAACCUUUUGCCAUCGCCUCAGGAGCUGUGUGGGCAGAGAAAAGCGGGUGACACCAGAGUGGGGGUCUCUGAGGGGAACACACAUGCUCCGGUGGGAGGGAGGACACAACCCCCAGAACCCCCCGUCACCUUUUUGCUCAGGUAGAAGUCGAGCCCCAGGACCAGGAAGACAAAGCCCAACAUGGAGACUCCAAUCCAUGUCAGCAUCUUGCUGUGGGCAGCCUUUGACGGCAUCCAUGGAAGGUCUGCAGAGGUCAGAACCCCAAAACCUUUCACAGACACCCCAAGCCCAUCCAAGGACCCUCCCAGUCUCCCCCAGCCCACCCCGGUCCCUCUGUAACCUCUUUUGGAGUUACUAAUUUUAAAAAAUUAUUAAUUCUAGAAAAAUUAGAGAUCUUAGCUAGAGAUAGGCCUUGCUGGAACUAGUUAGAGUUAAUGAUUAAGUGAGAAGCAGGAUUUGAGAUAAUGAAUCUCGGACUGAGGUAAAAAAUUCCUUUUCAUUGUAUGUUUGUUUAGCUGUGCUUAUAAUGAGAAAAGAGAAACUGAUAAAUGGGUUCAGUAAGAUCACAGACUUCUGGAAACCCAUUUAAGUCACAAGGGAGGAAACUGGAGUUGUACCAAAUGUCAUUUGUAAAGUCAACCAUUGUAAAGGUAGAAAGGUGAGAGUGAGGAAGAGCGGUUUUACUUCAUUUCUUGAUGACCCCUCCUCGCCAAAACGACCCCCUCCUCAAAUUAGGGAGCUAACCACGCAGGCAUAAUGACAUUUUAAACUCAUUACUGUGCAUUUUAAUCCAAAGUGGGGAAUGGGAAGUGUUUAGCAUUAUGCAUAUAUAUUAGUAUUAAUAUGUAUUAGUAUUUUGGAUAUUCAAGACUUUUGUAAAUAAAUAGACACUGGAACCUUU